AUGGCGGCCCCGUCGUCGUCGCCGUUGGACGAGGAUGUUUUCUCUCAGCUCCGAAAGCCCAUCGAUCCCGCCGAACUCGAACGACGCGACAGAAAGGUCAACGAGCGCAUACACUCCCAAUUCGAGAAGGCGCAGCAACGGCAAGCCGACCUGGUCACCCUCAACUCUACCAAGCCAAUCACCAUCUCCUCCGUCCGAGUGCUGAAUGCCUACAAUACGCGGAGUGCCUUUCUCGAGAAGAUCUUUCAGCCUGUCUUGUCCCACAAUCGGCCUGAUGCGGAGCCCUAUACCCUCCGAGAGGCGCUGGCAGAGAUCCAGACUGCCGUCAACAAGCUCGACCGGCUGAACAUCUUCCAGCAGCCCAUCUCAACGUACAUCGACAGGCCGGACCAGACGGAUGCCUCGAGCACGCCCACCGAUCACAAUGUCUUUGUCAGCGUGAAGGAAAGGGGCAGGUAUACGGUCAAGACGGGUACGGAGGCUGGGACACUCGAAGGGAGCGCCUACUUGAAUGUGGUGCUGCGGAACUUGUUUGGUGGUGCAGAGAGCUUGAACGCGAAUGCUAGUCUGGGCACGAGGACGCGAAGCUCUUACAACGCCUACUUUGACACACCUAUACUCUCAAAUCCAGACCUACGGUGGGAGAUUGGCGGUCAAGCGAGCAGUACGCUCAAGCCGUGGGCGUCGCAUGAAGAGGUGCUAAAAGGCGGGAGCACGCGACUACUGUGGCAGACAAGUCCCGGGCACAGACAUGACUUUUCAUACACUGGCUUCUGGCGACAACUCACCGGUCUUGCUGAGAAAGCGAGCCCAACUGUGCGAGCGGAUGCAGGAGACAGCUUCAAGUCAAGUCUCACCCACACCUGGACGAAUGACACCCGAGAUAUGCCAAUGCUACCCAGCAGAGGCUACCUCUUCAAGACGACUUCAGAGCUUGCUGGGCUUGGACCAUUGGGAGGCGACGUAGCUUUCGGCAAGCUUGAGUUCGACUCACAAGGGGCAGUGCCUAUUCCCAUACCUGGCGUGAAGGGCGACACCGGCAUUUCCUUCACCGCAGGUCUCCGUGGAGGCUUGCUUUACCCUCUCACGCUAUCUGGCCAAGAAGCUCCCUCACAGAGCAGACUGAACGACCGCUUCCAGCUGGGUGGUCCAACGGACGUCCGCGGCUUCCGCCUAUCCGGCCUUGGGCCUCGUGACGGCCAGGAUGCUGUGGGUGGUGAUGUAUACGCAGCUGGCGGCGCUUCAAUUCUCUUCCCGCUCCCACGAACCGGCAAAGACAGUCCUCUCCGUUUCCAAACAUUCGUCAACGCAGGCCGGUUACUCGGACUCCGCGACACUCGACCAAGCGAUUCCCGCGAGCAACCCAUGAACUCGGGGCAAGUGGCAGACAGCGUGAUGAAGACCGUCACAGAGCUAUCGAACGGACUGCCAAGCUGUUCGGCGGGCUUUGGUCUCGUGUACGCGCAUCCGGCGGCGAGGUUCGAGGUCAAUUUCAGCCUACCGCUUGUGCUACGGAAAGGAGAGGAGGGGAGGAAGGGUGUGAGCUUCGGGGUGGGGUUGACGUUCUUAUAG